AUCGCUUUGCUUGUGUGUUGUUGUUUUUUUGCCAUUUUUACAACUUGUAUCCACAAAUGGAGCUUUUUAACGAAAGUGAUACAUUUAAGAUGUACUUUUGCGAGAAUAGGUUAAAAACUUUUGAAGGGUGGCCAUUUGACGAAGACUGCGCCUGCACACCGGAAAACAUGGCAAAGGCUGGCUUCAUUUACACGCCUGUCGACAACAGCCCAGAUGCUGCCACGUGUUUCUUCUGCCUCAAGGAGUUGGAGGGCUGGGAGCCGGACGAUGACCCACAGAAAGAGCACAAAUCGCAUUCACCCUCGUGUCACUUCUUGGCCCUGAAGAAGAAAGUAGAGGAGCUGCCUUUGAACGAGUUCUUGAAGCUCCACAAGGCGAGGCACAAGCGCCUCAUCAGCAAAAACUGUAACGAGGCCGUCGACAAGUUUGAGGUGGCUGCAAGAUUGGUGAAAUCGGAAAUUCUCAAGAUGGAAAUGGGCGAAUAAGACAUUGGGUGUGUAUGUAAAUAUGUACAGCAUUUGUUUUGUGUUAGCUAUACUUUGCCGUUUUUAUUCGUAAAUUGUGGACGGUAUUUUUUAUUUUACUUAUACAUUGUACCUUUCAGUUUAAGGUUUACUUAGUGCGGUCUCAGUGCAUGUUUUUUUUACCAUAUUUGAUUACCUAUAUAAGUUUUCAUGUAGGGACGGCGUGGCG